CACUCCACACACAGUCGUGCCACAGACAGAACAAUAAUACUGACAUAGACAGACACAAAAACACAGGAUCGAUUGGUAGAUACAAAGAAUAAGCUUGAGCAUAUGGAUAAGAAACUGACCACUGAAGAUAUUAAUGAGCUCAGACUUUCCCACUGCUACUCCAAAACAAGGGACAAAGUUUUCAUGGUUAGAGCCACAAACGGACCCAGCUCUCAAAUUUUCAGGGUGACUACAGUGAUCCUUGGGAUACUGUGUGCUGUAUUGAUGGCCACUAUAAUCGGUCUGUGCAUCAGCUUUAAAGGACUCACCGAGAAGCACAUUUUACUGUCACAGAAUUCAGUGGCAAACAACAACCUGACGCUACUGAUGACCAACUAUGCCCACCUGACCUCAAGCCUCAUGACGUUGCAGACAAACUAUCAGGAAGUCAUCAGUUUCAAGGACAGCAUGCAGAGAGAAAGAGAUAGGGACAAGCAGGAGCAGAACCUUCUGCAAGAACAGAAGGAGUCCCUGCUGAGCAAACAAGCAGAACUUCGUUCACGUGUCACUGAACUGGAACAAAGCUGUUCACGUUGUCCAGCGGGAUGGGAGCUUCUGCAGUCCUCCUGUUAUUUCUUCUCUCCGGUUGAUACUCGUGAAAGGCUAUCAUGGUAUCAGAGUCGUGAGAGAUGCAACACAUCUGGAGCUGACCUGGUGGUGAUAGACAGCCAAGGAGAGCAGGAGUUUAUCCAGAGAAUCUUAAAGGGAAAGAGGGUAAGCCCUGGCGAAGGAUACUGGAUAGGACUGAGCGAUGUCCAAACAGAAGGAGAGUGGAAAUGGUUGGAUGGAACAGAGCUAACCCAAGGGUUCUGGUUGGACGGGGAACCGAAUGAUCAGUAUUCUAGAGAAGAUUGUGCUGGUACCUACAAAAAAGAAAACCCCUUAAAGACCUGGAAUGAUGCUCCAUGUAGCUACCCAUUGAAAUGGAUAUGUGAGAUGAAGAUGAAUGAGCCCUAGACAUCAUCACACAGUGUGUACACAAAAUAAUAGUGGCUGGGGUUCUAUAUCUGGAGCAACAUUAAAAUAUUACACCUUCAUCCCCAAAACCCAGCAGUUUUUCAGAAACUCCUGAAGAAUACAGUACACCAAACACACACAUCGCACAGCUUUUAGGAUGAGUAAAAUGUCAAUGCUAUGAUUUAUUGAGCAAAUUAAUCCUACAAACACGCACAAAGAAACAUCUGAAUUUGCAAUUACAAAAAAUGCAGUGCUCUCAACCCAGAAUUCAGAACUGAUUCAGAAUUGGAAUGCAAGUAUACCCCCCACAGUAGGGCCAUUGAACAGAAGAUUGAUUAAAUGAAAAAAACACCAUUUAUUAAUAAGAAUAUUAAAUAUAUAAUAUAUAUUAAUAUCAAUGUAACACCACAAUUGCAGAAAUCACCAUGCCUACCAGGAGACUGUUGAGCAGUUAACAGUAGCUGAAUGUUUCAUUAGGCUUCCCUUCAGUGCCAUCCAAAGAAAACUCCCACAUUUCACACUACCCUUCCAGUAAGUUCUGGCCAGAACAUCCACUGUUCACCCAUCACCAUGAGGACCACCCUCCCCAGCACACACAGUGGCAGGAGUAUUAUUUCUUUCUUUUUUUUAAUAUAAUUUUUAUCCGAUUUUUUUCCCCUUUUUCUCCCAAUUUGGUAGCCAAUUGGACCCCGUCUGAUUCAAUUAGAGCCAGUAUUAGAUACACCGCCCACACCCCGUCCCUCGGCGGCCAACGGGAGAGCGACACGCCUUCUUCAAGCCGUCUCGCCUCCCAAGCUGUAACCGUGAUUCCGAGGCGCCCGAGGUGCUUGUUUUGUGCGGCGAUCUACUAACCCUGCCAAGUCCCUCCCUCUGGAGCAGCGAGCCAAUUAUUGCUGCUCCACGUGAGCCGGCCGGGCAUGCCCUAAUGAUUGUACUCCUCAUUUUCGCAAAUAGGUCUCAUGUUACAUUACAUUACAUUACAUUAUUGGCAUUUGGCAGACGCUCUUAUCCAGAGCGACGUACAACAAAGUGCAUACCCAUAACCAGGGAUAAGUUCGCUGAAAGACCCUAGAGGUAAGUACAAUUUCAACUGCUACCUGUACAACAAAGAUAAGGACAAGGGGCUUUUUUUUUUUUUUUUUUUUUAACAAACAAACAAACAAACAGAGCAAAAGUCACCAAAGUUAACUAUCCAAACACUGCUUACCUAGCCAACUACCGAUACACAAAGCAAGUCACAGAGACAACAAUUAAGGUUCACAGGGAGGUAGGGAGGGAUGUGAUGGUCCUUUUUAAGCAAUAUUAAAGAAAUAAGGUCCUGCUGUAAUUAUUCCUCUCUAAAAAAAAAUAUGGUUGAAAUCAAAUCAGUGCUGUCAUCAUGAUAUGUAACUUAAUUUUGUAUUCCCUAAUUUAGUCUAAUUUUGUUGUUUUUGUCGUGCAUAAUUGUAUUAAUUAUUCAUAAGAAUCUGGAUCACUUGCCAAUGGGACUGCAAUAGAGAAUUAGCUCUGGAGCUAAAUCUGGUCCUCCAUGAAUUGAUGUGACGACUGAUAUGUUGAUUGCUGUGCACGGUCUCAUAUAUAUAAAUAAAGCCGGUUAUCUUUAA